AUGGCGUUGAAGAAAAUGUGAGCCAUCCAAAGAGUUGUUUCGUAUGGCGUUUUAUGCCGUUAAAAUUUCAUCAAUGGGCGUUAAAAAGUGGCUGUUUAUGGACGGACACGUACCCUAAUCAUCUUACAUCAAUAGGAGGAAAAAUUAUCGAAUAAUUGGCCGCUGGUUUCUUGCGGAAGGAAGUCAAAAUGUCGAAGAAGAGUAGAAAGCGGAAGUUGGACAGCGAUGAAGUUGCCCUGGACGAUUGGGAAAAGAAACACAUUAUGCCAGACAAACUGCAUGAUGAGAUGAAAACGAUGUGGGAGAUUCCACAGAUCUACCAAUUUCUUCACCUGACUAAAGACGCGUUGAAUAUCGGCCCAUUGUCAAUCUAUGAGAUGGAGAGAAUGUUGCUAAUGCCACGAGCAUCUAAACAGUUGUCUCAUAUCAUGACUUGUCUUCUCAGUCCAUUGGUAUGCAAAUCGAAAUUACGUAAGAUGCCACCGAUGCCAUAUGAAUUUUGGACGAAUAUUUUGAUGCAUAAGAUCAAAAGUUGGUUCAAAGUCUAUCAUGUCAAACAUGGGGAUUCUGUUAAGAUACUGGAAAAUACAGGAGUUGAACCUGCAUUCUGGCAAAUAUUUCCCGAUAUUUCGGAAAUUGAGGGUAAAGACUUUGAGGAAUUAUCAUUCAGGCAGAGAGCAUGGCUUCUCAAAACACUUUGCGAUUCAAUAAUUCACACAAGAAAAACUGUUUACGAAGAAAUGACCAAACACCUAACGGAAGAACCAUUUGAAACUCUACUUGGAACGGAUAGAUAUGGUGCUAGGUACAUAUACUUUCCACAAUUCAUGGAGAACGAUAUUCGAGUUUACAGGCACUGCUUAGACAAUAAAAUACUUUCGACGGUCAAGACUCCCAAGGAUUUACCUGAAGUCAAGCCAAAUAUUUCGGAUCUGAAAACCGAAAAUCCAAAAGUCGAUGUGUCUAAGACCAAUAAGAUAAAAAAAUCAAGAAGAGCACGGUGGAGAAAUGGAGCGCUACCGCCCAAACUCAAGAAGCGUUCCAAAAAACAAGAUGAAAUCUCAAACUGUAACGAUGUUGUAGAAGGCCCAUUGGAAUCUAUAGGUAGUGAAGAUACGAAUCUAAGCAUAGUCAGUAUGUGUAGCAAUAACAACCACAACGAUUUGGCAGAAGAGAAUUCUAAGAGAUCUAGAAGUUCCUCCAAAAAUUCUGAAGAGAGUGUAAUCUCAAACCAAACAAAAUCCAGUGAAAUCCAUACAAAAUCCAGUGGUUAUGAUACCAACGCUUCGUUUAGUGAUGCUAAGUCGAAUGAUGGAACUUCAUUCGAAAAAAAAUUCCAGAGCAUCUCAAAAGAUACUUGUGAUGUCACAGUGGAUGCACUAGAAGAGGAUCAUGAAGUUGAUAGAGCAUCAGCAACGGAGAAUAAAUCAAUCGAUCGUCUCCACAAAAUUGGACAUGUUACAGAAAAUUUGAAGACUGCGUUGACAAAAGAUAACACAAAGGAAUCUGAAAAGAACAAAACAUUGAAGAAAUUUGAUUUGAAUGAUACAAGUGCAAAUAUAAAGGAUGACAAUAGCAAUUCAAAAGUUUCAGAGGCAAUCGGUAGAAUUGAUAUAAAUUGCGAUAAACUGCAAUCUUCGAAAUGUAUUGAAUCAAUUGUAAUCGGUUCGAAGAGUACAUCAAGUGAUAAGGAAAAGUUAUUACCAGAAAUGGAUGAUUUGUCCAAUAGCUCAAAAACAGAUGACGAAAAAUUGAACGAAAUAAUGUCGGUUGAUAAGUCAGUAACUGAGGCAUCUGAAACUUUGUUAGGUGUUGUAACUAGUCCAAUGAUUGUGGAUAAGAUCGCGAUUAAAAAAGCUAAAAAUUCGACGAAUGAUGUAAAUAUGGAGAACAUAUUAUCACUGUCCAAGUCCGAUGAUGAAAAAUCGAUCGAAACUAAGUUGAAAGAUGCAGGCGAAGUAGAUGAUACGGCAAUUGAUGAGGAUCUAGCCUUGGACAAACUAGUCGCAUCGUUUUCUAGUGAAAAAUUACUCGUGGAUAAGUCGAGCCAUGGAACGCAUAUCACAACUCAGCCUACCAGGCAGUUGGACAAUGAUAUCAAAAAUAAUGCUGCUGAAAAAAACUCGAUUACACGUACUAUGACGAGAUCUAGAGCCAAAAACAAAUCUAUCGAAGUCACAGAAAACAAAAUUAUUACUAUGCCACGAAGGACUGUCAGAUCAACACACAAAAUGCUGAAAUUACUAGAACAGGAUAUGUCGGAAUCUGAAAACGAGGAAGCGUCCACCUUGAGCAUACUGCAGAAUAAAUUGUUGGGCGAAAGUAAAAAUAAUUUGAUAACGAAUUCUGAUGCAAAUAUUCCUGUCUGGGAGAGAUAUAACUUACGAAAACCGAGAAUAAUCAAGAAAGAAGAAAUACCUGAGGAAAGAGUCGAAAACUUUUAUGAAAUGCUUGGGGACCUUAGUGUUUCUGCAUUUGAGCUUGUUGCAGACAGCAUUGAAACGCUGCAAGAAUUGAUUUCAACAAAUAUCCCACCUCCAAGUUCUCAUCAAUUAAAUGGUAUCACUAAUCAGAACGAUUGCAAUCCGCAGUGUGAAAUGAAAUUAAUACGAAAAAUCAAAGCAUUGAUUACUGAAUUGAAAGUAAAGGAAGCAGUAUUCUCUGAUGCGACCCGUAAAGCACGAGCCAAAUUGCGCAAAGAAUGGACAAACUUCAAAGCAGGCGUUGUGGAGGAUCAGGACUGGCCGAGUGAAGGUAGCCUUGGCCUCGGGUCUAAUUGGUGGGUUGUUGGAUCACAGGGCUGCCACCCACUGCCACCCACAAGCGACGCAUUGGUUUCGCCGAUAUCGCAACCUACCUUACCCCCACUUGGUACCCACCAUCAGCCCCAUUUCCCCGAUGAUCUUAACCAAGAACACAAGGAACAUGAGGAAAAUCGAGAAGAUAAUGAUAAACGGCACCAGAGUAGAGGAAAAGGUGCAGCUGAUAGGGGAAAACCAACAGAAGAUGCAACAACCGACAAACAAAGCAAGCAAAGGCAGGCCCGAGAAACGAGUACGUGCACCGAAGAAACCAGCAAAGAAAAUGAAGAAGAAAAACUUAUCAGUAGAAGAGUGUUGCGGACUCGGGGUGUUUCAUCAUACACAGAACAAGUAUUUAGCUCCGAUGAUGAUGAAAUCGGAAAGGAGGAGCUGGAAGGGUGGCCCAAAAUUGAGGCAAAGUAUGCGCCCACCUGUACAUCGCCAAACACACUAUACGACCACAAUGCAUCGACAACCAGACAGAACGAGACCAGGACGUCGGAGGACUCUGACCAAGAUUGGAUUCUACCAAGCUCUCGCAAGAGGAAACAUAGACGUUCAGCAGCGCGUAACUUAAAGACACUCCAACAGAAACUACUAAACAUGACAGGAGAAAUCGGAGAAGCAGCGAAUGUCUCUGCUACGAAAUGUGCAGGUGAUGAAAAGUCUGUGGAUUGUGAUAGAGCAGACCAAAAGCACAUAAAUGUUAAUUGUUGGAGUAGUGAAUCCAACAUGAAACUGAGAAGGGCAAGUAAUGUAAAAUAUAGUCAAGCAGUGCCUUCAAGUUCUAUAUGUAAGAUUACCAGUGUGCAUUCGGAAAUAGACAUAAAAGAUGAAGUCCCAACGCCAAUUGUUGAUCAACAACAGAAUGUGAAUAAUUAUAAUUUAAACAUGCCACCAUCCGGUUACGUGGUCGUCGACACUGAACAAGGCCCACUUCCAAACUAUUAUCUAAUGCCCCAAAACAAUACCGUACCUAGCAUCAUGCAACAGAGUACAAUGGUGACAAAUAAUAUAGUACCGCAAGUGCAGCAGAGCUACUACGUACAGGCAGGGCAUAAUUAUAUCAUACAGGCUCCUCAUCAAUCAAACUAUCUUCCAGCUCAACCACUACAUCAAAACCAACAGGGUAUUACCCAGAAUUACGUGCAAAUGCCGGGAUAUGUUAUUCACUCCCCCUCUGUCCAGCCGCCUGGACAACCACCUGUACCAAGAGAUCUCGUGAUUAAUCCAGGUAUAAGACAGAGUUUAAUUCCUGGCCAAAAUCUACGACAAUCCAAUCCAGCUAACUAUAGAAAAAAGCUGCCGUUUAAUGGAAAAGACGUUCCCUUUCCACAUGGCGCGGUAAUUCGCAGUAAUGCUCCACCGAGAGUAAACUUCAGACAAGGAAGUAGAUCGAGAUCGAUGAAUGUGCCUCACAAGAUUUCAACAACGCAAAAGCCUGGUCCUAAUCCGGGUAAGGAUAAGAAACAAAUUGAAGGGGCACCAAACGUUAGUACAAAUUCAACAAACACCACUUCGUUAAUAGUCUUGAGCGACAGCGAUGACGAAAUAGAAAUGAUUAUAACGGAGAAGAAGAAACCUGCACAGGGAGCUACCCCUGCUAAUAUUCCUUCUCAAAACAAUGUUAAAAUUCAAGCUACCCAAAGUCCCAUUGUCACCUCGCAUGUUACCGUAUCAGCAGCCAACGGUUUACCACCCCAAAUUAUGCAGCGCAUGACGCAGGGUGGUAUUUCUAUUACUCCAAUAAAAACGCAGCAGACCCAAGCAUUUCAGAACUCUAAUACCCAACUCGUGGUAGUGGUCAAUGAAACUGGGAGUCAUUAUGCUCUGUCAUUACCCAAUGGAAGUAAACUGAUUCUGACGACUGACCAAGUAGCGCAAAUUCGUGCAUCUAACAACGGAAAGUUGAUGUUGUAAAAUUAUAACAACAUCCUAAAAUGAAUCAGUUGAAGAAAAGAAAAAAAACCUUUUUUUAUUUAUCAUUUCGCUUCGAGAAAUGAUCGAUAUGAAAUUAUUUCUUUGAGCUCAUUUUAUUUUUUGUACAAAAUUGCAACGAUUGAUGAAGUUUCUUUGUCACGUCUACUGGCAAAGCACUGAGUAUGUUUGUGAUAUUUGGAAUAAGGUUGCAGUACAGUCAUAAUCUUUAUAAUAUAACGAAGUACCGUUUCAAUUAGAAAUAUUGAUGUUGUAAUAUCUUUUUUUAAAGCGGCUGCAGUAACUAUAUAUUCGUAAUAUGAAGAAAAUUUGUUUGUAGUAUGCCAACUUUCACAUUUGUACAUAUUUUCAGUUACUACAGCAGAUAAAUAUAGGGGUUUUAUUUACUGAACCCGGUAUUAUCUAUAAGAUGUACAUAAAUAAAAAAAAAUGUAAUAUAACUUAAAAGAUUGGUUCGCAGUGAACACUAUUAUAGUCAUAACACUCAAAUGUCAAACCAGAUCGAACACAAACUCUAUUUUCAACUUACAAUUAGUGAUCUGAAAAACUGUUUCUGCAUACAUUGGAUAUCAUUGUUAUUUUUUUCAAUUCGGAAUUCAAAUUUUAUUUUAUAUUAUAGACUUAUUUGCGAGGUGACGAAUGGAUGAUUAAAUGAAAAAACAUGUGCUUUUUUUUUGAACCAACAGAACGAAUGUAAAAAAAAAAUAUCCUGUUCAUCAAAAUUAGUGGAAUGAAUCUAAUGUUCUAAAAAUAUGAGACAUAAUACAAAAAAUCUGAAAAAAACCAAAUACAUUUGAAUAUCUGACUGAAUCUAACAAUUGUACAUCUAGAAAUAUUAAUUCGAAGAUAAUUGACAUACCUCAAUACUGGCCGAUCUUCCUUUUGAUCUCUUAUGUUUAUUUUGCUAAUGCACCGAGUAAUUGUUCAGCAAAGGUCAGCAUGGUUGAAAUUACUUUCCCAGCACUAUGAAUAAAAAUGGGUUCUAAACUAUCGUCGCAGAUAAAUUAUAUUCCAUUUACUGAAUUGUGAUGAGUCAAACUUAUUCGCAAUAUUCGACAGCACGUUGACUUUUGUUGUUUAAAAAUUAUUUGAUUCAGCAAACAAAACAAAUUCAUUCAUUUUGGCAUUGUAAAGAUAAUCUUAGAAAAAGAACGUUUUCUUCAGUAUUUUCCAUAAUACGAUAUAUAACCUCCAAUAUAAUUUCUAAUUGAAAACAAACAAAAAAAAAAGGACAAGAGAAAAAAUAGGAAAAAGAUUUUUUUACGUUAUUUAAAUAUAUAAGGCAUCAAUUUAUAUCUCAUGAAUAAAUGAUUUAAUAUAU